CAAGCAAUAUGAUCUUCAUGAUGCAGUAUACAUAUAUGAAAAAAUGAGAAAGGAACGCGUUUUAGAGUUCGUUGCCAAUAUUGAUCCUUGUGGGACGAUAUUAAAGCAAGGAACAAAAAGAAAAGCGACAAAUAAUCUCGAAAAUAUAAUGCACGAAAUAAGCAUCUCUCCUGUAGGAGGUUUGAAAACCACAAAUAUUUUGAAAGAUGGAGAUGAUAUAGUCCAACGAUACUAUUCAAGCAAGCGCAAAUUAAUAGAUAGUGAAUUAACAAAAGUCGCUUCUAAUAAAGUAAUUCGACGUCGGAUAGAUACUCAUCCCAUUGGUCAACCACUUGAUCCCUUUACAUUAUUAGAACCAUUUAGUGCAACGGAUGAACAUUUUAAUGAUAACCUUAAAUUAAAAUUAGACAAUAUGAAAUCGGAGCGACUUGAGUAUUUGACAAGAGCUAAAACUUUUAUAGAAGAAAAUUCAAAAAAUGUUGAACAUCAGCGAACUGCUCAUGAU